CUAAGGAAAACACACACACAACAGCAAAAGCAAAAGAAAGCGCAGUCAAAAUGUCGACAACUGUGGAACAGACGUCCAGCGAAGCGCACACAGCGGGCAACCUGACAGCAACAGCGACAGCAGCAACAACAACAGCAACUGUUGCAGCCGUAACAGCAGCAGCAGCGACCGCAACAGCAGCUGCCCCAACGCCCAUCACAGAAAUUGAGCAACUGCAGCAGGCGCUGCUCGAGAGGCAAACGCAACUGUACGCAUUGGAGACGGCCUGUCUGAGGGAAACGGAGCGCCAAGUGGAGCUAGAGGACAGUGUGAUUGCGUGGCAGGAUAAAUACGAUCGUCUCUACGAAUCGCACAAACGUGUUCAGAAAGUCAAUCAGAGUCUGGAGGAUAAAAUGCUCAAGCUGGUCGAUCGCAACACAAACGAGCGGGCACAGCUCACCAGCGAUGUGGCAACGCUCAGUGUACGUUUGGCCCAGGCGAACUUUAACAUUGCCAAGCUGCAGAGGGAAAUUGAGCGCUACAAGGCCGACAUUAGUCUUGCCAUACAAUUGCUGCAAUGCAAACCGGACAGCUUUGUGCCCCAGAAGGUGUCGUCGCUGCCAAUUGACAUACAGUCCAAGGUGUCUGCCUAUAUGCGUCUGGAGACUAAUUCCCAUUCGGAUUCCGAGUGUAGCAAUAGUGGUGUGGGCGUGGCAACCACAGCUUCCUAUAAAGUGCUUCCGGUCUCGGACUCACCACCGCCAGCGCCAUGCCCCUUUCCGCCCACCGCAAUGGUGUACUCUAUGCGGGGCCUCGGUAAGUAUGCCGCCAAUGGCAACUCAGCGAAUGCACAAACAGCGCCAGCUAACAACAACAACAAUAACAACAGCAACAACAGCAAUAACAACAGCAGAGGCAGCAGCACAAAGGAUACAAUUAACAAUAACAACAUUAGCAACAACAACAACAAGCACAGCUCCAGCCAAACGCUCAACGGUCAACCCAAGACCAACAGCAACAACAACAACAACAACAAUGCAGAUCCAGACAUGAUUUCACCCACGGUUAUGGCCAAAUUUCUGGAGGAUGAACUGAAACUGAACGAUGUGAAGCACUGCGAUACGUGCCAGUGCAGCAAACAGGAUCUGACCGUGCUGGCGGACAUCGCACGUUCCUAUUCGGUGGCCACACAGACGCCCCACUCGCUGGCAACCGCCGGCGCCAGCACACUGAACGAGCCGCUGACCCAGCUGUGCCUGAGGUGCCACAGCAAUCUGAACUCGCCGUCGCGCACCAACAGUCCCUAUCUGAUGAAGCUGGUCAAGUCAAGUGAUUCGGUCAUUUCGGAGACGAAGAGUUCCGUUUCGGAUUUGAACGACAUGGACAAGCUGUUCACGCUGCCCAAAAAGGAUGAUCUGAUGGUUAAUCCCAUACUGGGACAUCACAGGCUGUGCGAGCGCACGUCUCUGCCGGCCAGCGCCAACACGCUCAUGUAUCCGACCACGCAUCUGGGCGCCUAUGCGGGCGCCGAGAAGUAUCUGCUGGAGACGAGCAAUCCGGGCCAGCUGCGUCAGGGCACGGCUGCGUAUCAGCGUCGAUUCUUGGACGGCGGCGGCACGGCGCUGCAGCUGCUCAACAAAUACGAGGCAACAGCAACGACUGCUGCUGCUGCUACCACAGCAGCCGAGGAGCUGGAGGAUGAGGUCAGUAAGCCGCUGCUGGCGGCCAUAUCACAGCCCAAUCUGUUGGAGGCGGAGCAGCCGCCAGUUGUGCAGCUCACCAAGCCGGAGGAUGUCUGUGAGCCGCAGCCCGCCAAGCCAAUAGCUGUCGUUGGAGCCGGAGUUGGAGCCGUAGUUGGAGUCACAGCUGCUCCUGCCAGCUGCCCGCUCAAGUCCAAUAACUCAGGCAGCGUGCAGAGCCUGUGGAGCAACAAGACGAGCAGCUGCGAGGGCGCCAAAAUGUUUGAGACUUUCAAUAGAAAUCUCAUCAAGACUAUCAAGGCGGAGAAUCCGAAAUAUCGAGGGCCACGUCUGUGUGCCAUGCGCAUACAGCAGAAUGGCCAGAGCAACAUACUGCUGGACAAUCUGGAGUCGAUCGAGACACAUGUGCCGGUCAUCUAUAAGCGGCGCGAACGACUGCUGGACGAGGAGCUGAACGAUGGCAAGGACAUUAUCACGUCCAAGGAGAGCAAUGCGACGGCUGUGGUCGAAGUGUGGCAGGCCUCGGCAAUGCCGCACGAGAAUGUGGCACUGCAGCCGGUGCUGGAGCCGCAGGUGGAGCUAAAAGAGACUGAAAAGAGCGUCCAGUUGGACAGCAGCAAUAUGCCCACGGCGGUUUCGUCGGUGGCAGCGGGAACAACGGAGGUUGUCGCUGGAUCAGGUGUUCCAAUUGGUCCAGGUGUAAUAACUGCAGCGGCUGCUGUUGCUGCAGCUGCUGUGUGCUCACCCAAGCACUCGGCCAACUCGAGUUCGCUGAGCGAUGCCAUUGACUAUCAGGAGAGCGUGCUGCUGCGUCGCCAGCAGCUGAAUCGUGUGGCCGAGUGGGUGCAGCACAAUACACAGCAGCUAGAGCAGCGGGCGCUGCAGCAGCCGGCGCUGCCCACGGACUCGAAUUCGGGCACGGAACGGCAAUCAUCCUACUCGACUCUGGAUCGCAUGGACUCCAUAUCCAUAGAGAAGCUAAGCAUGGACUCGGGCUACAAGACAACGCCACAGCAGCUGACCAAUGGCUAUGCGGAUGCGGGCAAAUCCACGGAGGAUUCGCUCUCGCCCAAGACAGACAUCACUAGCAAUUCGCUGCCGGAGGCAGUCAUGUCCAACAGCCAGCCAGGCGCCGUGUCUGCCGCUGUGGUGACCAAAAAGGCAGAGCUCUGCACCACCUACUACAGGCGCACCACGCGUUCCGGCCUGCCCGUGGCAUAUACCACGACCACGACCACCAUGACGGCAGUAGCAACAGCAGCUGAUUCGCAGGGCUGCUCCUCGGCCGGGUCGCCGUCCCUGCUGUGCCCCGAACAGCCCACGUGUGAUAUACUCAACUAUAAAUACUAUCCCAAUGAUACGGACAAGACGCGGUCCGUGCAGGCCGAGCUGCACACGACCACACAGCACGUGGACAUCGCCCAGAUGGAAUACAAUGUGAAGCAGUUUCUGCUCAAGCAGAACGAGUGGUCCAUGCGCGCCGAGGCAGCUGCGCCAGGUGCUGCCGGCGCUUCGGCGCCACGUCUGCUGCGGCAUACGCGUCUCCUGGGACCCGGCGUGGGUGAGCGUGUGCGCAUGGCCACGCCUGGUGGCGCUGUGGCAGCCGCGCCCAGUGUCCUGGCGCCGCACAGAACUGAAACGAAUUUAUAAGCGUAGGGAGCAGGCGUCACAGGAGCGAAGCAUCAACCAAAUUGUAUUCUAGUUUAGCGCCAGAUACCAACCAGGAGCAAUGCUUACAAGCAAGUUUAAGUUAAUAAGUACCAUGUGCUAGUAAAUGUACGAUAUAUAUAUAUAUACAUGAAUAUAUAUAUAUAUUUAUACCUAUGUGUAAUUCUUAAAACUACGUCUAAGCUGAUUGGCUUCAGAGUUGCGCUUAUAAUGCAGCUAUAUGGGCAUCAUGGCGUUGGAAUAUUAGAUACAUACCUAAGUUCAUACACUCAGAGAAAAACAUUUAGUAUUCAAUACUUAAAUCAAUCAGAAACGUGGACAAAUCGCGUUCAAGUUCAAAAUUUUGUAAGCUGACAUGUAAUUUCUUUUAAUUCAAGCUUUGUAAAGCACUUGUAGAGGGUAUUAUAAUACAGUCACAAAAUAUGUUGAAGAAGACAUCAUCGAUUCCAUAUAUACUUUAUAUAUUCUUGAGCAGCAUCAACAGCUCUACAAACUAUUUUCUCAGUUUCCGUAUCAUAUCGACCUGAACGGGCCACUAUAUCACAUAGCUGCCAUAGAAAUAAUCGGUCAAAACUAAGUUUAUGUAUGAAAAACUUCUUUACAUGAUAUUUUCACUUGUCAAACUUGCACCCAUACAGUUUUGGGACUACUUUACCAUAUAGCUCUUAUAGGAAGAAUCAGACGAAAAGUUAGUUUUCGUAUGGAAAACUAGUCGGUUUUUCAUGAUAUCUUGACCAAACUCAGCAAUUGCGAGCUUCACUCUUCUACGAACAUAUCUGCAAAACCGUAACAAUCCGAAUGACUAUAUUGUUUCUUGUAUAGGAACAAUCGGAUAGAGGCAAAGUCUUCACAUAAAAGCGCUUCCAAGCCACAUAGUCUACUAUAGUAUUUGGACGUUCUCUUUUGUUUUUAUAUUAAUGUUUAUAAUGUUUACAUUAUAGAUGAUUUGUGCUUAGCAGCUUUUUCUCUGAGUGUAGCAAUUCACACAACCUUCUCGAGUCUUCCUUCUGCUGUAUAAACUGUACAAACUAAACUUUAGAGCUUGCUUUCGAUAUUUAACAUGAACUUCACGUUUAUGCCCCAAAUGUUUGUCUUCCUUUCUCGACUUUCUCUCAUCUCUCACGCCCAACGCCACGCUGAUCCGGCCUAUAUAUAAAUAUAUAUAUAUAUAAAUUAAAAAGCAUAUGAUUAUUCCAUAUGAUAUUCAAAUUUUCGCAUUACCUUUUGGUGUCUGCAUGUUAAUCAAUCCAUUUAAUAUACAACUCUAUAUAUAUAUAUAUAUAUCUGCUUAGGCUAUAACGAUAUUAUGCUAAAUUGAUUGAUAUGUAUUUGAUAAGCGCCAUUAUAUUUUCUAGAUUCCAAUUGUGCAAUAUUUGUUAUUAGCGAGAAACCAAGAAAAACCAAGAAACAAAAAAAGACGUAAAGAAAUGAAUUUUUAUUUUUAUAAAAUGCGACCAAAGAAAAAACCGAGGCAUACGAAAACCUAUUCGAGAGUUCUAUCUAUUAAGUUCGUAAUAUUUGAAAUCUAAUAUCCGCCAAGAACCUGCCUAAUGUUUAAGCUUCUACGAUAUAGCAGCCGCUCUAUAAUUAACCUAUAUACAAGUGUACUGUACCUUCUUAGUAAAAAUUAGCAGCAACUGUACUCAUUCCUGCCCAUUAGAUGACCUUCAUAACACACAGCCUAUAUACUCUCGAUCUACACACGAUCUUUAUAUAUAUAUAUAGAGGAAAAACUGAAUGUAAUCUUGAGCUAACUAGCAUUGCAAUAUAUAUAUAUAUAUAAACGUAUCUGAAC